AUGCCGUCAACAAGCCUAUGCCAAGAAGAGGCAUGCCUCCCAUACAGCCUCAUGGAUGACUAUAGUGAGGGAGCUCACCCACAAAUCCUGGAAGCUCUUUUAAGGACAAACUCAACCCAGCAAGUCACCUAUGGUGGUGAUGAAUACAGCAUUAAUGCACGCCAUUUAAUCCGCAACAAAAUUGGCUGUACUGAAGAUGAGGCCGAUAUCUUCUUUGUUCCCAGUGGAACCUCUGCCAACCUCAUUUCAAUUGCCAGCUGCCUGAGGCCAUAUGAAGCUGUCAUUACCCUGGACUCGGGUCACAUUGCCUGCAAAGAAGCCGGUGCAAUUGAAGCAACUGGCCACAAGCUCAUCAUCGUACCUGCCGUCGACGGCAAAAUGACACCCACAAACCUUCAAAAAGCCGUCCAGCAAAAUCAGUUCUUCCCUCAUUCCGCCAAACCCCGCCUAGUUUAUAUCUCUAAUGCCUCUGAGACCGGCACCGUCUACACAAAACGUGAGCUCACCAGUCUCUCGGCAAUCUGCAAACAAUCAAAUCUUUUGCUUUUCAUGGACGGCGCACGAAUUGGCACGGCUAUCUGCUCGAAGAAGAAUGACCUCACUCUACGCGAAAUCUUUGACAUGACUGAUAUCUUCUGGAUUGGUGGCACCAAGGCCGGAGCUAUGAUGGGAGAAGCGAUUGUCGUCAAGCGGGAGCUGGCCGAUGGAUUUGUUUUCCACCUUAAGCAGCACGGCGCUUUGCUGGCCAAGGGCCGCAUGCUCGGUGUUCAGUUCAUGGAGCUCUUCCGAUCAGAUCUAUUCUUUACAUUGGCGACUCAUGCCAACGACAUGGCGCAAAAGAUCUCGAGGAACUUUGAGGAAUUAGGAUAUCGGUUGUUUGCCGAGACGGAGACAAACCAGGUAUUCGUUAUUCUUCCUCAAGAGCUGAUUCGGAGGCUGCAGGAUAGAUUCCGGUUUUAUGAGUGGGAACAACUUGACAAUGGAGAUUCGGUCAUUCGGCUUGUGACUUCUUGGGCCACGGAUGAGCUCGAGGUCGAGAAGUUCAAUGCCUGGGUGCACCAAUGGACCGUGGCGACCAACAUUUAA